AUGCUAGUGAAUAAUAGGUCGAGAGUCAGGCCGGACGUUGAGAAUUCUUUUCCUUCGCGGAUAUUGAGCUGUGGCUCGAAAGUGAAUUCUGAGCUGACAGAAGACCUUGACGCAGAUGAGGAGGAGGAACGACGGCGUCGCUCUAAACGAAGCGGUGGGACCAUCCGGCGGAAAUCUCGCGUCGCGAGGCAAAGAUCUUACGAUGACGAGGUGAAGUCCGGGGGUGUUAGCGGCUCCAGUCAGCCCGUUCAUACCGAUCCGGGACUUAAUUUGCCUGUUCAACUGCCCAGGAGGGCCUCCGCCUAUGACGUCUACGCAACUCCGAGUGCCAGUGGACUCAACGCCAUGGCCAUCGCUGCGGCCCAACAAAGAGCAUCAAUGUUCGCCCAAGGUGCGCGGGACCAUGAAGAGAGAUCAGUGCCCUCACGACGACCAUCAUUUCGUGCGGUCAAGUCGGUUCUACCAUACGACAUGGAGGCGGAGGAAGAGAAAGUAAUAAACCUCGACGCGGCGCCGACGUCCGAAGUCACAGCGUGCCAAGCGCCGGCCCUCGUCCCUGACGAUGACCGACGCAGUCGACGAAGAGGCUCACAGCUACCAGAUAUAAACGCAAUAAGAUCUCUUCCGGUGGCGCCAGUAGUAACUAAAGGAUCCUCGACGAACGCAGCUCGCGCGACCGUCAACGAUAGAGAAUUACCACGUCAAGGAAGCCUAGCAGACGGUGAGGGGAUCAAGAUCGUUAUUCACGACGUUGACAGCGACCUCGUACCCCGAACAAAUUCGAAACGACGGGUGAUAUUGAAAAGAGAUCCUGUAAUGGACAAAGGUCACAGAGCACGUGGCUUUGGAAUGCGAGUAGUCGGGGGUAAGACUGGGAUCGACGGUCGAAUGUUCGCUUAUAUUGUGUGGACGGUACCCGGGGGACCAGCAGACAAGGCGGGACUUCAACAAGGAGACAAGGUUCUUGAAUGGGGUACAGUGUCUUUAAUCGACCGAAGUUUUGAGGAAGUUGCAGAAAUUAUGGAACGCACUGGUGACGUUGCCGAACUUGUUGUCGAACACGCAACCGAUAUAAUCGGCGAUUUGCUUGACGAUCCGGGAAUGGUACCAAGCCCUGGAAAGCCGUCGGGUAGCCUUGGUUUGCAAUUGGACACGGAAACGGACAAAACACCAUCGUCACCAACGCGCCGGAAAUUGCCAAAGACGCCGGAACAAAUUGCCAAAGAAAAACAAGUCACAGGGCGAGUUCAGAUCCAAGUCUGGUAUGAAGCCGAACGCAAAGAGCUUGUAGUCUCAGUGCUGGCUGGAGACGAAUUGUGUACUCGCGAGGACACUGGGUACGGAACUGCUCCUGAAGCAUAUGCAAAGCUCCGUCUAGUUCCGGCAUGUGGCGAUCAGAGCUCGCUGAAAACAGAUGUUGCUGAGCCUACUCAGAACCCAAUUUGGAAUGCAACCCUCAAUUUUUCUGGAGUACCCGGUGACGAUCUGAUGGAUCGAAGCAUCGAAGUUACUCUGUGGGACUACUGCCCUGAUCGAGAAAGUGUCUUCAUGGGGGAGUGCACGGUCGAGCUGCAAAAGGCUUUUCUUGAUGAUCGAGCGGUUUGGUACCGUCUGGAGGAUCCACGUGGCUUGCGUUUUGGUAAAUCGCCACACUGUUCACCGCGUGGUUCCUUGUCUACUGAAAUUGCUCAAAGACUGUUGAGAAGAACUGAUUUCCGAGAAAGGAGUAUCAGCGAUGACACGCAGAGUGAGAACGGAAGCCCUGAACCGUGUUUUCUUCAUCCUGAUCACGCCUGGCAAGCCAAUUCAAGAAGGGGAUCAAGCCAGUCUGAACAGCUCGAAGUCGAGCCUUACGAACUAAACAAAGACUACAGCAGAUCGCUUCCAGGUAGCCGGAGAAGCAGCUUCCAGAGUCAAGGAGGGACUGACAGUAAACGUGGUAGCACUGGUGAAGCUGACGUUCCAGCCGUCGUUUAUAAUCGGGACCGCCGACGCAGUUCAUGUGCUAGGGUAAUGCGAGAUCCAGAUGAGAUAUUGAGAUCUUUAAAAGCUGUUAAGGGCGAGCUGGGUCGAACCAUGAGUCUGUCAUCGGAAAAAAGGCGAGGCAGUCGGCAGGGUGAGCGCAAGGAGAGUGUCUUGGAUAUUCCUGAGAAACUGUUUGAUCGAAACAGCGAGUCUGAUGACGAAGAUAAAUGGAGUCAAUUGGCUAAGGACAACGGAGGCCUCGACGUAAAAUUGGGACCUGGACAAAUAGCUCCCCGCGGAUUCAAAUUGACCGGUGGUGUGCCGAACGGAGAAGUGAAACUGGGGUUGUUCAUGGGCAAGGAAACAUUGGAAGUCGAAGUGGUUUGUGCACGAGGAAUUUGUCCCGGCGAGCCCAUCGAGCCCGACACGUACGUGAAAACGUAUUUGCGGGACGGUGAGCGGUGGCUACAAAAACGUAAGACCAGAGUGGUGCGUCAUUCGCGGGAGCCGCAGUACUGUCAGACGUUGAAAUACGGUAGCUGUGACGCAAGGGACAAGAACCUCCUCGUUAUGCUGUGGGAGCGAAAUAUGGGCUUCGGGAGUAACCAAGGCCUCGGCGGUGCCGAAGUUAACUUGGGCCUGCUCACCCUGACCCGUUUAACCGUUGGAUGGUACCCUCUGUUCCCCAUCCAUACCUUAGGCACUCAAAAUGCAGACUCCCCAUGAUGGUUGAAAGAAGA